GUUCUGGUGUUGGAAUUGGCCGCGGGCGGAGAACUCCAACACAUCUUGGACAGCGGUCAGUGCCUGGGAGAAAUGGAAGCCCGCAAAGCCAUGAAACAGAUCCUCGAGGGAGUUUCGUACUUGCACGACCGCAACAUUGCCCAUCUCGACCUCAAACCUCAAAACCUACUACUCUCGGUGGAGGACAGCUGUGACGACAUCAAGUUGUGCGACUUUGGUAUUUCAAAAGUUCUGCAACCUGGUGUUACAGUGCGGGAAAUUUUAGGUACUGUAGAUUAUGUAGCACCCGAAGUGCUUAGUUACGAGCCCAUAUGCUUAUCGACUGAUAUUUGGUCUGUGGGAGUCCUGGCCUACGUACUUUUGUCCGGUUUCAGUCCGUUCGGAGCAGACAGCAAGCAGCAGACGUUCUUAAACAUAUCCAAGUGCUCGCUGAGCUUCGAACCUGAACACUUUGGCGACGUAUCGAGUUCGGCCAUAGAUUUUAUCAAGGGCGCUCUUGUGGUUGAUCCAAGAGAGAGGCCUACGGUUCACGAACUCCUCGACCAUCCGUGGAUCUCGCUGAAGUCCAACCUAGCGCCCGUCCUCGCCCUGCCCACGGAUCCGAAUCCCAUCACCCCGAAAUCGACGCCGAUCAGCCAGCGAAAGAGCUUCAGCUGCAUAACGACGACGACGACGACGGACGGACCAUCGCCCAAAUCCAAAGACUUUCCGUCGCAUAAGCGCAACACUUUGAACGGGUCCUUUCCCGAACCCGGCGUCCGUACGUACACAGUCACCGCUAACUGUCUUUGUCCGCAGUGCGGGACGGCGUGCAGACACCUGUCACACCCGCCCGUCACCAAGACAACCAUCACCAUCGACCGGGGCAUUCUGUGUUAGUUAGUUCUUAUCGGUCCGGUGUAUGUGUCCGCCGUGCCUUUUGUUGAUACUUUGGAGCUGUUUUGAUUUGGCCACUAGAUUAUUUU